AUGCAAUUUCUACCGUCAUUUAUAAGAAUAUCAUUUUAUUUGCUGUUAUGCAUUAAUGGAUUCUCACAGAUUUUCGUCAUCGCAAACACUGAAUCCAUCUUGAUUUCAAUACCAAAGGAUUUCCCAGCAACAAGAAAGAAAAAUGAAGAUUCAACCAUAAAUCCUUUGCCUCAUAUAUUAUUAAAUGAUACAGCACCAGCCUAUACGAAUAAAUUGACUCUUGAUAUACCUGUACAAAAUCACAAAACGAAAAGAAAAUACUAUAUUGAAUUAUUAAACCUACAAAAUAAUUCCAAUUAUCAAAUUAAAUUAUGUUGGUCUGCUAUCCAUCCAUUGAUUAUUGAUAAUCUUGAUUGGCACAUAAUACCUCCUUACACUGUACAUUUGGACUCUCCUAGCGGUAAUGAGGACCCGCUAUACCAUUUUGAUCCUGUAGAUUAUCCAAGAAUUAUCGUCUCUGUAAAUAUUGACACGCAUUUAUUUCUAAAGAAUCUCCAUGGUAGAUCAGCAGCAAUAGGCAAGGAAAAAUUACCUCAAAUUAAUAUAUCCGUCAUUAAGACUUUCUUGGGGAUACCCAUGGACUUAUACCCAAUUGUCACAUAUAUAACUAUGGUUGUCAUCGCAAUGUCAUCCAUUUAUUAUUGUUAUACGAGAAGUGAAACUAAAUUAUCUAUCGUCUCGUAA